AUGAGUGCCCAGUUUGCAAAUCGCAGGAAGCCCCGCAAGAUUGGUGGCGAUGAUGAGGAAAAUGACGCCGAUGAACAAGAUUCGGGGCCUGUCGUUAAGCGCCCCCAAGCCAUCAAAACGAAACAGAAGUCGAAAAUGCGUCUCUCGUUCGGCCCCGGUGGAACUUCAAUGACGGACGAGGGCGACCAGGAAAGCGAAGUGGUGAUUCCCAAGCGAACCGGCCUUGCGAAACGAGCUCUGGAGAAAAGUGCGCUUCAGCGUUCCUUGACGCCGUCCGGUGUGGGUGGUCAGAUUCCUCUCAGGGUAGGGCCGGAGCAGGAUAGGCCGAGUUAUAGCAGCGAUUAUUUGAAGGAGCUCCGCGAUUCGACCCCGUCUACACCUAAACCUGCGGCCGAAGAUGAGUCCGAAAAGGCAGUUGAUGUGGCUGCGAAGUUUGGUGAGGUCAUGAAGGUUUCAACGCCUGCUGCUAUUCCUAGUGAAGCAGAGAUCCGCGAGAAGAAGGCCCGGAGAGCUCGGUUGGCGAAGGAACAAGGCGCUCUGUCUACGGAGAAAGAUUUCAUAUCUCUCGAAGAUGAUAUGGAAGACGAUGACUGGGAUCUGCAAGGGCGGCGAGAGGAUAUUAGGGAUACCAGGCUUAUUCGAGACGAUGAAGAUUUCGCCGAAGGGUUUGACGAAUUCGUGGAAGAUGGGCGCAUAUCCCUCGGGAGAAAAGCAGAGAAGGAGCAGAAAAGAAAACAACGGGAAGAGAUGCGGGAACUCAUCGAUGAUGCCGAAGGUCUGUCAGACGACGAGGAUUCGGACUUGGAGGAGAAAGCGGCCUACGAAGCCAGCCAGACCAGAGCUGCUAUGGGUGGCGGCAAAGAUCACAUCGAUCGUCCACGGACACCACCCAAGAUGACCUCGCUUCCUCGUCUGUCGAACAGUCUUGAUCGUCUGCGUAUAAACCUGGCUGUCCUAGAAAAAUCCAAGGCACAGAUGAUCGACCGUAUGGAAGAGUUGAGGAAGGAGAAGGCGGAUAUCGCUGUCCGGGAGGUGGAGAUCCAGGCUUUGAUAAAAGAAGCUGGGGAUAACUACGAGAAGCUUAAACUAGAUGCUGGGAUCACUCCUGGUACUGAAGAGAACCCAUCUGCAGCUGACGAGAUUGCAAACUCGCGAGGCCUGGAGGUCCAACGUAGCGUCAUCGCGUUUAUCGAAUCGCCCAUCGAUGAGAAGGAUGGAGACCGCCCGCACCUUCGCCGUCAAUCCGAGGCAACCCCAAUCGAGCUGUUUUUUGACCUGUUCUUCGUUGCGAACCUUUCAAGCUUCACAGCUACCCAUGAGAUCAACAAUAUAGAAGCACUAUGGGCCUACAUCGGCUUCCUUGGAGUCAUCUGGUUUACCUGGCUCCAGGUUACGUUGUUUGACAUUCGCUUUGCCCGAGAUUCCAUCUUUGAGCGGAUUUGCAAGGCCGUUCAGUUGGCUGCCAUGGUCGGGUUUGCGUCAGCAGGCACACGAUUUACCACGCGGGUUCGGGCAGAGAAUGUCUGGGCUUUCCAGUCCUUGAGCCUUAUCCUUGGCGGAAGUCGACUCUUACUCGCUCUCCAAUACACCGUCAAUACCAUAUUCCUCCGAAGACGGAUGAUGCCCGCAGCCAGAGGUGUAUCCCUUAUCGCUGGAACCCAGUUUAUCUCGAGUUUGACGUACCUAUUGAUGUACUAUGCCUUCCAGCAACAGCGCGGACUCAGUCCCUAUAUAUGGACCGUAUGGUUUGCCUUAUUCGGGGUGGAGAUGUGGGUGGUAAUGGGAACUUCAUCUGCUACCCCCGGGAUUGGACUCCAAGAUACCCAUCUCAAUACAAGAAUGGGCCUCCUGACACUCAUAAUCAUUGGCGAAGGCGUCAUUGCUGUCACGAGGAUUGUCAACAAGACAGUCGGCCCGGGCGGCUGGACGAAGUGGUCGUUUGUUCAUAUCCUGGGCGUCACGACCAAUGUGUACUUUUUGUGGCAAGCAUACUUCGACCUUUCCCCGAGACGGAUCCUGGGAAAGUACUCGCAGCAAAUUUGGGCUCAGCUACACUUUCCGUUCCACGUGGCCCUCAUUCUCCUCCUUGAAGGGUCUCAGAUCCUUGCUCUAAGCCUAGACAUCACGCUAAAACUCCUGUACCUGGCGGAAACGAUCUUGUGGGCGUGUGAAGAGCCACGGCCUAGACCGGACCAUGCGAUUCGGAUCCUUCGAACCACCAUUGCCGACAUGGAGAUCGACUAUAGCCGAGGGGCCAUAAACGAACAGAUUGCAAUCACCCGGAUCUUGGAUGAUCUUCCGAACCAUCCGUUAUGUCCGUCCUAUCGAACGGGUCAAAUCCCCAUCAUCCGAGACAUGCUCAGUGACCUGGUAGGGAAUGUGACUGCGGCGUUGUUUUCCACCAUGAGGAUCAUGCCCUCCAACCAAACUCAUCCCGGAAACCUAAGCAGUGAUCAGCUUCUGCAGAGGUAUAUGGCACUUCUACAAUUCGUCUAUGUGUAUUAUUUUGCCGUUGCCUCCCUCACGAUGUUCUUCUUUGGUGGGUUUGUACUAUUAGCGCGGCGCCACACCCUCCGCCGAUGUACGAGCAUCAGCGCGACAACCCGCCUUACCCUGGGUAUAGUCCUUGCAAGCAUCGUGAGCUUCUCGCGGUACUUCCCACUUGUCUAUUCGUUUAUGACGUCCCCGGCUAUACUAUACGCCUUUACUCUCACAUUACUCAUGGUACUUUUAGUCGAUCGGUCUUUAGACUGGUACCAGAGCUACAGCGGGCGGGUGCAGGACAGCGACGUACCCUAA